UGUUCGUCAUGGCCCGCGCAGCUCGCGCCACUAAAUCCGCCUCAGCGCGCCGCGAUCCACAUCGAGCGCCCGUUUACCGAGCACGUUCCGCUGCUCUCCGGUGCUGAUCGGUGCUCUUCGCUUCACAGGGCUCGUUUGGUGGGAAACGCGGCGGAUGGUUCGGCAUUUUCGCUCGCUUCAUGUCGAUUAAAGCCGUCGGCGGUGGUUUUUGUGCUAAUGCUAAGAUUAGCUUCAAAGCUGACUAGCGCAGAAACGGCUAAAUAGCCAAAUCAAACUUCGGUUUGUGGACAAAACGGGACAUUCAGACAGCAAACCAGUCUUUUAUUAAGAUUUAAACACAGCUCGUCUGUUUUGGAGUGUUUAAACGAAGUAGUUUCGGCGAUUGUGGCCCGUUUCAGUCCAUUCAGAACAAACCACAAACAUCAUGUGUCCAUCAAGGAUCCCGCUCCAGUAUGUCCGAAACUGUGAAGUAUGUGGACGAUGAGCACAAGACCAUCUUUCUGAAGCUACUGAACGAGCAGCGACUGGAGGGCGAGCACUGCGACAUCGCCGUGGUGGUGGAGGAUGUGAAAUUCAGGGCGCAUCGCUGUGUGUUGGCGGCGUGCAGCAACUACUUCAAGAAACUCUUUAAGAAGCACGAGGUGGACAGCUCGUCCGUCAUCGAGAUCGACUUCAUCCGCUCGGACAUCUUCGAGGAGGUGCUGAAUUACAUGUACACGGCCAAGAUCUCGGUGAAGAAGAAGGAUGUGAAUCUAAUGAUGUCCUCGGGACAGAUCCUCGGCAUCCGCUUUUUAGACAAACUCUGCUCGCAGAAACGCGACAUGUCGCCCGACGAGAAAAACGACCCGCGGAACGCAAAGUUCCCGUACGACAUGGUGAAAAUGGGGCUUCCCGCGGAAGACGCGCCGCUGAGCCAAGACAGCGACGUCCAGGUGCUCGGCGAACAAGACGACGCGCCUUCGGACGACAUCGUCGAGGAGCCGCAAGGCAAUCACGACCUGGACAAGUCGCCCAAUAACGCGCUCCGGGUGCAGGAGGCCAUCCUGAAGGAGCUGGCGCAGGAGGAGGUGCACAAGGUGAGCUGCUACGACCAGGAGGUGGAGGCCAUGGACGCCGAGCCCAAAGAGCUGGCGGCCCACACGCAGACGCUCUCGUUCGCCGACAGCAUGGGCGACGUGAAGGACGAGCAGCCGCCGGGAUGGACGACGGCCGCCGCCGACAUGAAGUUCGAGUACCUGCUCUACGGCCACCGCGAUCAGCUGGCCUGCCAGGUGUGCGGCAAGAGCUUCAUCGACGAGAACCGCCUGCGGAAGCACGAGAAGCUGCACUCGGCCGACCGGCCGUUCGUCUGCGAGAUCUGCACCAAGGCCUUCACCACGCAGGCGCACCUGAAGGAGCACCUGAAGAUCCACACGGGCUUCAAGCCGUACCGCUGCGAGGCCUGCGGCAAGUCGUUCAUCCGCGCGCCGGACCUGAAGAAGCACGAGCGCGUGCACAGCAACGAGCGGCCGUUCAGCUGCCAGAUGUGCGAGAAGGCCUUCAAACACAAGUCGCACCUGAAAGACCACGAGCGGCGCCACCGGGGAGAGAAGCCCUUCGUGUGCGGCUCCUGCACCAAGGCCUUCGCCAAAGCGUCCGACCUGAAGAGACACGAGAACAACAUGCACAGCGAGCGCAAACAGUUGACUGCGGGCGGCCUGCAGAGCGAAACCGAGCAGCUGCAGGCCGCCGCCAUGGCCGCCGAGGCCGAGCAGCAGCUGGAGUCCAUCUCCUGCUCCUAAUCGCUGUUCCGGCGGUUCCGAUCUUAGUGAUUCUUUUUUCCCCUUCUAAUUUUAGAACUUGAUUUACACUGUUUUUUUGGUUUCUUUUAUAUGUAAAUGGUGCAGACGUUUUCUCUUAUUGUACAGUUCAUACCAAAUGUAUUUGAGUAUUUAUGGCAGCUGACGGACGACGAGUUGUUUUGCCUUUCGCCCGUUGCCGUCGUACAGCGUAAAACUGGACGCGUUUGUGAUGUUGACGGACGGAUGGAACGAGCUUCGGGUCAAUCAUUCCAUCCGUUUCUUGCGAAAGGGUGUGACGGUUUGCACAUCCAGAUAUUUUUGCUGUAAUAAAAGACUGGUGAAUCA